GCCCGUCCCUCACCGCCCCGGGCCGAGCCGCAGGACUUGAAGGCGUGGCGAGAGCGGCUGCGGGAGAAGGCCUCUGGUGGUUUUAGGAACUUUCCUGCAAGUAACGCAGCAGGUAUCUGAAUAGGUUUUCCUCCAGGUGCUGUUGAGGAAGGUGCCUAUGGAAUGUAACUAAUUCCAGUGCCUGCUCGAGGGCUCUCUGCUGUGCCUGUCUCUCUAGUCAGCCUAUGAGCAGCUGCGGUGUGGAAGCCAGGCAGACCCGUUCUGCAAGUGUGUGCCUUCCUGUCAGCUAUGUGUUGGACAUCCCUGGAGAGACAGCUGAGGAGACCUAGAGAAGCAAAGAACCAAAGCUGGGCAGGACUGGAGUAUAAAAAUCAGUAAGGAGGAAUUUAGUCAUAAAAAAUUACAACCGUAGCAAGGUAAUCAUCAGCGUUACUGGGAGUGGCCUCACAAACUGGGAACCGGCAGCCGGAGAGCUUCAGGAAAAGACAACCGCAGGGCACGGGAAGCGGUUUCAUUCAGUGCAGGAAGUGGGGGUUGGAGACCUGCUUGAUUGUAGCUGAGCAUGGCAGUGGAUGUGAAAGGAUUCUCACGGAUGCUGCUGGAGUGCAAUAGCAAUGACAAGCUGUGUGUUGUGCGUGAAUAUCAAAUGGAAGUGAUCGUUGUCCCAGUUCUCCUGGUGGGAUUUUUUGUCAUUGUGCUCACUGUGAUCCUUUGGCUUCACUGCCGUGGCCUGCGAGCAAAGCAUGUGCAAUCAGCACCAGCUAGAGACCAAGUGACGAAAAAGAAUCAGGAGGAACUUUGCUCGACAGAAAACUGCUACAUCCAGCUGAGUGAGAGAACUUUGGAGAGCCUGUUAAAUUCUGCAUCCUUGACUCUGAAAGAAUUAGAGAUACCACGAGAGAAACUCUUACCAGACACCUUGCAGCUGAUUAAAGUUGGUGCCUUUGGGAGCAUCUACAGAGCUCAGUUGGAAACUGGGAGCUCUGGGAAGACUAAGACUGUGGUAUUGAAAGCCUUGCAAGACCCAGCUAGUCCCCAGAAAGUAAAGGAUUUUUUGGGAAGGAUUAAAUUCCAUCAUAAUCUUGGCCAUCAUGAGAACCUGGCUGAAUUGGUUGGAUGUUGUAUAGACCAGCUCCCACUUUAUAUGAUCAUGGAAGAUGUGUCUCUUGGUGACUUGCUGACAUUUCUGUGGACAUGUCGGAAGAAUGUAAUGGCAAUGGAUGAUGUCCCCUAUGACCUCACUGAGAGACAGGUAUAUGAGGUUGGACAGCAGGUUGUAGCAGCUCUGGCUUAUCUUGAAGAAAAGAACUUGUUCCAUGGUGACAUUGCUGCCAGGAAUGUCCUUCUUCAUCACAACUUCACUGCUAAGCUCUGUGGUUUGGGCCUAGCCUAUGAAACUCACACACGUGGUGCCAGCUCAGACACAUGGAAAGUGCCCGUCAAGUGGCAGGCACCAGAGAGGCUCCUGAGAAAACCCCCUACCAUCAAGGCUGACAUAUGGUCUUUUGGAAUUCUACUGUAUGAAAUGAUUACAUUAGGUGCUCCGCCAUAUCCUGAGGUGCCACCUUCUGACAUCUUACCAUACCUGCAGAAACAGAACAUUAUGAAGCAGCCCUCGAGCUGCCAGCAAGCCAUGUACUGCAUCAUGAAGUCCUGCUGGCAGUGGACUGCAGCUCACCGGCCUUCUCCAGCACACCUGUUGUGCUCCCUGAAAACAGCUAUGAAGACCAGCAAUGGGCACACAGUGCUGCAGGUGCCUGAGCCAGUGGUGCCUGAACUCUAUGCUGAUAUUGCUGGUGUUGAUGUGUACAGCCUGGUGAGGGAAUACACGAUCCUCUGAAGGGUCCUUUCGUAUUUUGGUAAAGGAGAAAGAAGUCUCAGUGUUUUCCCUUUCUAAAUGUUUUUCAAGCUGAGAAUGAGGUGUGUAUGUUGGAAGGGGUCCUUUUGUUCUUCAAACAUCUAUAAAAUCUCUCCUCCAUGCCAGACACAAGAAACUGUUAGCAUUAUUGUUAAAUCAUCCUGUUGAUGUCAUUUGGGAAUAAAAUGUUUAGGAAGCUGUAGAAAAUGUAAUGAGAAACUUGAGUUAAAGGAGUGUUAGGUUUGUGUGGCAAGGUUUUGGUGAUGGGGUGGAUUGCAGAGGAGACUUCUGUGAGAAGAUGCCAGAAGCUUCCUCCAGCUCUAUGAUGGACCUACUGCUGGUCAAGGCUGAGCCCUUCAGCAACACUUGUAGCACUGCUGUGAUUAUGUAUUUAAGAAAGUGUAAAAGAUACUGCACAACAGCAGGUGAAAGAGAGGAGUGUGACUGUGAAAGGAACAGCUCUGCAAACACCCAGGGCAGGACAGAAGGAGGGGCAGGACAGAAGGAGAGGCAGGACAGAAGGAGGGGCAGGAGCUGCUCCAGGCUCCAGAGCUGAGAUUCCCCUGAGAUUCUGUGGUGCAGCCCAUGGAGAGGCAGCUGAGCCUCUGCAACCCCUGGAGGAGCCCACACCAGAGCAAGGGGAUGCCUGAAAGAGGCUGUGACUCCAAGGGAAGUCUGUGCUGGAGCAGGGUCCUGGCAGAAUCUGUGGAGAGAGAAGCCCUCACUGGAGAAAGACUGCACCUUAUGGAAAGGGACUCAUGCUGGGACACUUAAUGAAAAACAACCCUUGGGAAGAACUUAUCUUGGAGAAAUUCCUGAAGGACCUAGUCUCCUUUGGAGGGACCCCACACUGGAGCAGGGGAAGAGUGUGAGGAGUCCUCCCCGCAAGGAGGAAGGAGCAGCAGGAACAAUGUGAGAUGAACUGACCAAAACCCCCAUUGUUCCUGCUGGAUGAAAAGAGGUAGAGAAAUUUGGAGUGAAGUUGAGCCUGGGGAGAUGUGGAAGAAAGUGUUUCAAGAUUUGGUUUUAUUUCUCAUUAUACUUCCUAAUUUGAUUAGCAAUAAACUAGUUUUUCCCAAGUUGAGUCUGUUUUGCC